CAGCUGUUCUGCUUAAUGGAUGCAAAGUUGUGUGGAGCUCUCAACCAUGGUGCCAUAGAGCAUCUAUGUCAUAUAUUCUACCAACUGCAUAAAAGAGAAGCCACAAAUGCCUCCACCAUCUUCAGUUUCUGCAGCACCAAAACCUGCAGAGAGAAGAGAGGACGCGUAGAAGAACAGCUUUUUUGUUUAUGGAAUAAGUGAGCAUCAAAAAGACAACUCAAGAAGUGGAGUUGAGUCUCCAUCUCACAGGGAUCCAGCAGCAUCCAGGAACUAACUGCUGCUGAAGGACUGAAGUGGAGCACAGAUAGGAGUGGAGCCUCCUUUGCUACAUGCUAACAAGCUGAAGACCUUGUCAGCACAGAUGAGGAGGCUGUUGCACACUCUGCAAAUGGACUCAAGAUAAAGAGAUUUUAUUGUUGUUUGCAACACUCUCUUUACAAAUGAAAACUUUGGGCGUGAAAACCACAUAAAUUAGCCCACCAUGCUUUUGAAGUCAGGACUAUUCUUCACUUUGUGUCUGUUUACCCUCCAAGCAAGUCAAAUCAAAGAACUUCACGACCACGGCUUUUCCGGACUCAGGGAUGUGAAAUACCGCCACUUUCUAGAAGCCUCCAGACCGAUCAGACACACCACAAAUGUCAGAGCAGAACAGGACGGACACCGAACGAAAAGGUCGACACUCCUCAACACGGGGGUCAAAGUGUGUCCCCAGGAGACGAUGAAAGCAGUCAUUGGCAGCCAUCGGGCCUAUUACAAGCUCAGAGUUUGUCAGGAAGCCAUUUGGGAAGCGUUUCGGAUCUUCUUGGACAGAGUCCCCAACUCAGAGGAGUACAGUGCCUGGCUAUACACCUGCCAGCAUGAAAACCUCUGCAUGGAUGACCUGGCCCAGAACUUCAGCAGCUCUCAGGAGCAUCUGGACAUGGUGGCCAGAAGAGUAUCUGAGGAAGCUGGAAUUGAAGGAGUUAUUGCUGCAACCACAGAGCCAGGAAGGGAUUGCACCUGGACACCUCCAUUAAUCCUGCUACCAACUGAUGAUACGAACGAAGAAGACCCCAACAUGAUCAAAGAGAACUACGAGGAGUACAUUGUUGAGUUCAAAGUCACCAUUGUGGACCCGACAUACAGCAAGCUGCUCAGUGACCCAAAGUCACCGCAGUAUGAUGACAUCACACAAGAGCUCACAGACAAGAUGCUUCAAGUGUUUGAAAAAGUUCCAGGAUUCAAAGAGAUUCGUGUUCUGGGAUUUCGCUCAGAGGAUGUAUCCGUACGUUACGCCGUGGUCUUUAAUGGAGAAACCGAACUCAACGAUGAACCUGAGGGUCUCGAGGAGCCUGAGCUAGACGAGGAUGUGAAUGCUCCUAAACUGAAGCACAUCAUUGUAAAGGCCUUAAAACAGGAACCGUCACUACCGCUGGACAUAAAGACGCUCAGCUUUGAGACUGUAACCACAGUUUAUCCAGUUGCGGAGCUCGGCAUGAACCCUGUUGAGGAUGCUGCGUCUGAUGAUGACACCCUCCAGGCUCCGACAGCAGACAGUGAUCCCACCCUGAGUUUCUUCCCCACUGUUGCAGUGAUAGAAAACUCCUUGGAAGCUGCUACAACUAAACCAGAAACCCAUACCUUUGUGCCUUUUAUCCCAAACAUCGUCCCAGAAAGCACUCCUGCCAUCUCUGAUGAGGCUCCUUUAAUGUCAGCAGUAGAGGAGGAAUCUGCAGAAGAUGCUCCUGAGGAGUCCAGUGACAUUUUAACACCUGACACUAAACUGGAAACUAUCACAGAGAAGGAAGAGGAAGCAGAGCAAGAGGUGGAGGAGAUACCACCAAUUGAGCCUGAUAAUGGAGGUGAGGCUGAACCUGAACAACAGGUGCCUGAAGGAGAAAAUGAAGAAGCUGAAUCAGCUGAUGGGGUCACUGAGGAACUUCCAGAGCAAGAGAAUGAGGAGCUUCCAUUGGAAACUCCAGACUCCCAACCAGAAGAAAUCAUAACGGACACACCUGAGGAGGUUGACCUGGACCUGCCAGAGGCUACAGAUCCCACAAUUACAGAGAUAUCUGUCAUAGAAGCAGCCAUCCCAGUCUCUACACCAUCAUCUCAUGAGGAUGCCAUCCAAGGCAUUGAACCAGAAACCGAUCCGGAGUCUUUCCCAUCCCCUGCAGAGAGUGGCGAAGUCCCCGAGGACCGAGAUGUGUCUAGUGGAGGGCACAGUGGAGCGUCCCCAGUAUCAACAGACAUGCCUCCUGAGAACCUGAACAUACAAGAGGACGUGGGGUCGAGUCAGAACGGGACAGAGGUGGAAGGGACUGAACCUCUGGAGGAAGAGAGUGGGAGUGGAUUCCCCUCAGAGUCUGAUGAACGCCCGUACGAGUCCACGGCUGCACCAGCAAUGAGACAGGCCAGCACCCCUCUGAUGGCCACAAUGGAAAAGGGCAAAGAGUUAGUUGUUUUCUUUAGCUUGAGGGUCACUAACAUGAUGUUUUCUGAUGACCUGUUCAACAAGAGCUCCCCAGAGUAUAAAUCCCUGGAGAAUACCUUUCUUGAGCUGACACAGCACUCUGGGUCCAGAAACUCGCCAAACCCUGGAGCUUCCAGUAAAUCUGGGCCUAGGAGGCAGAAGACUUUAGCCUCCAUACCGCUUCUGCCAUACCUACAAUCCAAUCUGACUGGAUUUAAGCAGCUGGAAAUUCUCAACUUCAGGAAUGGCAGCGUGGUGGUAAACAGCAAGAUGAAACUGGACAAACCGGUACCGUACAACGUGACAGAAGCUGUUCACUGUGUGCUCGAAGACUUCUGCAGCGCUGCGUCCAAACGGCUCGACAUCGAGAUUGAUAGUCGCUCUUUGGAAGUGGAACCAGCUGACCAAGCAGACCCCUGCAAGUUCCUGGCCUGCAACGAGUUUUCACGCUGUGUGGUGAACAGUUGGACCGAGGAGGCCGAGUGUCUGUGUGAUCCUGGCUACAGCACGGUGGACGGCCUGCCAUGUCAGAGCACCUGCGCUCUGCAGCCCGACUACUGCCUGAACGGAGGCCUGUGUGAAAUAAUCCCAGGACACGGAGCCACCUGCAGAUGCCCUGUAGGUAAAUACUGGCACUACCACGGAGAGCGCUGCAACGAUCUGGUGUCCAUGCCAGUAGAUCCUCCGCUCAUUGUGACCUGCCUCGUGGGGAGCCUCUGCUUUGUUUGUGCCAUCAUUGGCAUUUUGAUAUUCAUUAACAAGAAAUGCAUAAAGGCCAAAAAGGCUGUAACUUUAGUGCACACCCUUGCUCCCUAUGCCUUUGAGAAUACUUUGAGGGAGAACCCCGUAUUUGAGAAUGAUGAGGGUGUCUUAACUCAAGUGUCCACAUUGCCAUAUCCAUCAAGUUCUGCUUCUUCCCAAUCCCAACAGUCUGAACAGGAACAUUUUGCCUCUAUUGAAAAUAUACAUCUGAGUAUUGAGAUGCCCAGACAACUCUACACAACAAGAUCAGAAAAGUUAGUCUCAGAAAUGGUGGACUUCCAUCAGUGUAUACCACAUAACGAGACGUGGCGACCACCAAAUGAAUACGGAACAUGCUGUGUUUCAAGGCCAUCAGAUAACGAAUGUUUUGAAGUAACCGUUGUUUGACAGCAGCUAGUUCGUCUGAGGAGCAGCCAACACUGUGACACCGAGCAAAACACGAGGUAGCAAAGACUCAAGUUUCUGUGUAACUGUAUAUGGGAUGCUAUGGUACGGUAGACCAGUCGAAUGGUGUUAAAGAUAUUGAGAUUAAUUGUUCAUAGUGAUCAAAGUGUCUUGUUAGACAGAGAGCUAUGGAUUUUAAGGUGGUUGUCUUAAAGUGGAACCUAAUAUUUAUUCUAUAUAUUGAAUGGUAGGAACAUUUCCUGUAUACCCUUGGCAAAGGUUGUUCUUUCCUCACAAUGAGGUAUUUAUUAUUUACAAACUGAUCCACAUGGUGGUAUCUUAAGUUUAGACUGUAAAAUGUUGUUUGUUUUAAAGCUGUACUUUACCAUCGUUGUCCCAAAAAAGAGAAUGAAUGUAUAAGCUGUCAACUUGGGUCACGACAAGUUGUUUAUAGAAUA